AUGGCCAGCUCACCAGCAUCAUCAGACCUCUCCGACCCGCCAUCAGGCGAAAGCGACGGCGAAGAGCAGCUCAGCACCGCCGUCCCCUCCUCCCGACCCAGCGUCGAUAUCACCCAUCCCGACCAUGACCAGCUCGCUCCGCCUCCCAAACGCCGCAAGACCGGCGCAGCACCUUCUCAUGGCCCUCGUGCGACCUCAUACCAGCCACCAGAGGACGAAGACGACAACGUCUCCAUCUCCUCAGACUCCUUCAGCAGCGCGCCUGGCUCCCCGACCCACGAUGAGUACGUCCUGCGGGAUGAAGCGCAGACGCAGUGCUUAUGGAAGGACUGCGACUAUGGCAAUGCUAUUAAUAAUGACGAGCUGGUGAAGCACGUCCAGGGGACGCAUUGCGCGACAGGCGGGCCUAAGAGGACCAAGUAUGUGUGUGAGUGGGGAGAAUGCCAGCGGAAGACGAGCAACCACCCGAGCGGGUACGCGUUGAAGGCGCAUAUGCGGAGUCAUACGAAGGAGAAGCCAUACUACUGUGCGCUGCCUGAAUGCGACAAAUCCUUCACCCGCUCAGACGCCCUCGCGAAGCAUAUGCGUACCGUCCACGAACCUGAGCCAGCGCGCGUUGGCGACAAAACGACCAACGAGCCCACACCUCCGGGCAAGAAGCCGAUCAAGAUUAAACUCACAAACGGCUCUACCAACUCCAACUCCCUGAAGCAUCCACCUACACCCACCGAUGCCUCUCAACUCGCACCUUCCCAUGACGAAGAUGGCAAUCCCGUCACGCCAUCCCACCCGAACGACAAUAUUAAGUAUAUACCCGCCCACCAUCCAAUCACCGGCCAGCCUGGAUUCAUGAUUACAUACCCGCCAGACAUCUCCUUCACAGCCUGGGAGAGCUCCAUAAACGCCAAUGAUCUGAUGCGGCUGUUGAGGCGACAGGUGCACUGGGCGACCCAAGAGAAUGAGCAGCUGAAGGCUGAGUGCGCAGCAUUGGAGCAGAGACGGAGGGAGGAAUGGCGGCUGACGGACGCUGUUUUCGAAGGUGUGAUGGAGUCGGAGCUUGCGCGUGGCGAUAUGCAGGGCUUGCUGGAUGGGAUGGAAGCGCGCGUCAGGCAGCAGAUGGAGCAGGACACUGCGGCGUCGAGAGCGCGAGAGUGGACGGGUGGAGAGCCUUCGUGGCGGAGGCAUGGGAAUGGUGCUGCUGCGACGCCAGGAGAGAGAAACGGGAACGGCAACGACGAAGAGAUGAGAGACGCGGACGAUGAGCGACCGACGCCAACACCCUCGCCGCCUCCCACCGGCCACAGCGCAGGCGGAGGCUUCGACGGUGACCAGGAUCCGUACGACAACUAUCUGGCAGGGCGCAUGGCGGAGUAUGAGGAGCGCGAGCGGCUGCGCAGCCUGCACAAUACACCUCAAAAGGCUCAGGCGGCGAAGGAGGCCGAUGCUGUGGGUGCCUUGAUUGGCAUGAGCGGUGUACAAUAG